UCCAAUGCCGAGUCUGCCGGAAAUUGUAGAAAAAAGGCGGAAGUGGAAGCGCUUUUCGAGCCAAACAGGCAAGUGUACUGACAUGUCACCUAAGGAGGUCAGUAAGGGAACGGAGACUGCCGCAGAAAACCACCACAGGACCCCCGGUUUGAGGGGUGCUCAGACCACCACACUCUUCCGCGUUGUCAACCCAGAACUCUUCAUAAAGCCUAAUAAACCAGUGAUGGCCUUUGGACUGGUUACCAUCAGCUUGUGUGUUGCAUAUCUGGGCUAUUUGCAUGCAAUGAAAGAUGACCAGCAGCUUUACGAAGCCAUCGACAGCGAUGGAGAGAAACUGAUGAGGAGGAAGACUUCCAAGUGGGAGUGACGUCAGAGGACGUGUCUGGACGACACACCAGACAGGACUGAUGAGAGAGGAGAAGAGGACACUCUUCUAAUUGCCUCUAAUUGUACCUGUACAUACAUAUGCAAUGUUGAUGGAUAAAGGGAGACAUUUCUGGCUCAUUUUCAAAAAUAAAUGAUCCACCCCGGUCAUAAUUCAA